UUUGGGGGCGUGUGAGGCAGCACGCAGGCGCGGGGAGGCGAGUUUGAGCGCAGGCGCAGUGGCCGUCGGUUGAGUUGUGAGGCAACGCGAGCGCUGCUCCCGGUGCUUGGAGUGAACGCUGAAACUGAAUUGAGGAACCGGUUUAAUUCGUAUCGAGAGAGCCGCUGGGAUUAUCGAUACUGUGUUUUUUUUCUUAAACAGCCAGUGUUUGAUUUUGUUUCUGUCUCUCUCUCUCUGUGUGUGUGUGUGUGUAUAUAUGUGCCUCUGUGUGGUGGAGGAGGAACGGGGUCGUUGAGGGACGAUGAUGUGCGAGGUGAUGCCCACCAUCAGCGAGGACACCCUCACCCAGAGGGGGUCCCAGAACGGGGCGGAGGACGCCAAUUUCGAGCAGCUGAUGGUGAACAUGCUGGACGAGCGGGACAAACUGAUGGAGACCCUGCGGGAGACCCAGGAAACUUUGUCCCUUACUCAGGAGAAGAUGCAAGAGGUGGCCCACGAGAGGGAUCUGCUGCAGCGCCAGUUGAAUUCAGCUUUACCCCAGGACAACCUUUACUGAUCAGUUCCAGUAGACUCAAAGCUCUGUUGGUUUCUCCAUCAUCCCUGGAACCUUGUAGGAAAAAGGCAGAAUUACCAGUGAAGAACCCAAAGAAGGAAGUCAAAGGAGAGGCAGGGAUAAGAGAAUGAAAUGAAAGCAAAAGUAAGAAAUUAGAAGUAAAUGAAUAAUAUAGAGAAAAGUCCAAGGGAGGAUUUGGAUAUACCAAAGAAAUACAAAUAAAACUUGUCUUGAA